CCCCUUCCUAGAUGCUGGAGCUGUCUCAAUAUAUCCACGUUUCCCCCUCCUAGCGCACUGUAGAGUGAGACUUGGUCUGUGUGCAUGUCAUACUAUACAAGCUAUUUGCGUACUUGACUACCUGAUCGCAGCAACAUCAAGAAAUGACCAACUCCCGCUGACUCUCUCACCACAACAAGUCGCUCAAGACGCGUUCAACUCAUCCAUCUUCAUCAACACACACCGUUCACAUAUAAACUUCAACCAAAACAACAAUAUUAAUUGAGAGACGAGACAAUGGCCACAACACACUUCAUCCCCGACCCCGAGCCCAUCUCCCCAACCACAAUGACCAACACCACACUGUCCGACUCCGUCAAAAGCGACGUCUCGCUGGUCAAAGACCCUGAAUUCUGGCGCCGAUUCUCCAUGGCUGUGCAUCGCGACGAGGAAGAGGUCGCUAGGACAGUUACACAGGAGACCAAAACCAAGUCGUGCGUUUUUCCUCUUACCAUCUUCAUCACAUACAGAGUAUGCAGAGUACGGCGCAGUAGCUGACUAGUUGCAGAGAAUCCUGGCUCGUGCGUCAACGCAAAAAGACUCGUCGGUCGAAAAUCUGUGGAUUGGCGAUUGCCAUUGCCAUUGUGCUUAUUGCGACGGGUGCCGCGAUAGUGAUUUGGUAUAUGAGUAAGAAUGGGUGGUUUCGAAAGGAUGAUGGCAGAAAAACGUGAUCGGCAUUUGAGAAUGAUGUUGAUGGAAGAUGAGAUGGACUAUUUAAUGAUCAAGAUAUUGCUUUUUUGCUGGUUUGAUGCGGUUUCAGGUUUGGGUUUUGGAGUCAUGGUGGCCAAGGGUUGGUGUUUGGUGUGCUUUGUUUUUUUUUUUUCCUUUUUCAUGUAUAUAAAACCUUUUUACCGGCACAUGUUGAUAAGAAGCCUGAUACUCAG